AUGAAGAAUCUUCUGUGCUCCCAAGUUACAGAUGAGAUCAAUCAAGUGGAAAGUAAUGCUUUUCAAAAUUUACUUUCUUGUGAGGCUGAGGAAAUCAUUCAGCGGCCACGCAGUCGCGAACUUUAUUAUAUAUCAAAGCGAACAUUACAAAAUGCUGUGAGAAAAGACAUAGAAUUGACUGAUAAUCCUGGGAUACCUAAUCGUUUAGGUGCGAUUUUUUUCAUUAUUGUCAGUCAAAUCUUCAGUACAGCUACAGCGUUAGAACCUUUGCUCAAAGAACGGGUUUUAUUUAUUCAUGAAAAUAUUGGUGGUUAUUAUCGAAUAUCGACAUUCUUCAUCACAAAACUUGUUUGCGAUGUUUUGCCGAUGUGUGUAGUUCCAUCGCUGAUAUUUUCGUUAAUUGCCUAUUACAUGACUGGAUUGCAACGAAGUUUUGGACAAUUUUUUGUUUUUCUUCUGAUGAUAUUUAUAAGUUCAGUCUUCGGAUCAGCAACAAUACCUAUUUUUGGUGACCGUAGCAUUGAUUGUUGUUGUGCUGAUUUUUGUUGUCAUAUGAUGAUAUUCAGUGGUUGUAUAGUUAAACUAUCGAGUUUAUUCAGUUGGAUAUCUUGGCUAAAUCCAUAUUUGAAUAUUUCAAUCAAUGGUACACAAAUUUUCAAAGACAAAGAGCUAGAUUAUAAAACCGCUGGAAUGUUUGGAAGAAUAUUUUUGCAUUAG